CGUGGACGCCGUUCUUGCGCAUGGAGUCGCCAUUUUGCUCCUAGAGAAGCCGCCUGGAGAGCCGGCGCUUUCUUCCUUCGGCAGCCGAGGCUGCGGCGGGGCCGGGGCUGGGGUCGGGGCCAGGUAGGCGGGCGGGAGCCAGCGACGAGUGGCGGCGCGGACCGGCGGGCUCCGGCAGUGCGGGGCGCAGGAGGAAUUUUGUUGUCAGAGAAUAAAAGGAGGUUGUCCAUAAUUGACUUUAAGCAGCAAACAGUAAAACACUGAGCUCUUCAGCUCCGCCUUUCUUGCUCUGAGAAUUGGAAAACCAAGAAGGUUUUGAUGUUUUGUGUGGCGCCACCUGAAUUAGAAACCAAGAUGAACAUAACGAAAGGAGGUCUGGUGUUGUUUUCAGCAAAUUCUAACUCCUCGUGUAUGGAGCUUUCAAAGAAAAUUGCUGAGCGGCUGGGGGUGGAGAUGGGCAAAGUGCAGGUUUACCAGGAACCUAACAGAGAAACAAGAGUACAGAUUCAAGAAUCCGUGAGGGGAAAGGAUGUUUUCAUCAUCCAGACUGUCUCAAAGGAUGUCAACACCACCAUCAUGGAGCUCCUGAUUAUGGUGUACGCGUGUAAGACCUCCUGUGCCAAAAGCAUCAUCGGCGUGAUUCCCUACUUUCCUUACAGCAAACAGUGCAAGAUGAGAAAAAGAGGCUCCAUUGUUUCUAAACUGCUGGCUUCGAUGAUGUGCAAAGCGGGUCUAACUCAUCUUAUUACUAUGGAUUUGCACCAGAAGGAAAUUCAAGGCUUCUUCAACAUUCCUGUUGAUAAUUUAAGAGCAUCUCCCUUUUUACUGCAGUAUAUUCAAGAAGAGAUCCUGGACUACAGGAAUGCAGUGAUCGUGGCCAAAUCUCCAGCCUCGGCCAAAAGGGCACAGUCUUUUGCGGAGCGCCUGCGACUGGGAAUUGCGGUGAUUCACGGGGAAGCGCAGGACGCCGAGUCCGACUUGGUGGAUGGACGGCAUUCCCCGCCCAUGGUCAGGAGUGUGGCUGCCAUCCACCCCAGCCUGGAGAUCCCCAUGCUAAUUCCUAAAGAAAAGCCCCCGAUCACAGUUGUUGGCGAUGUGGGAGGAAGGAUCGCCAUCAUUGUGGAUGACAUCAUCGAUGAUGUUGACAGCUUCCUCGCAGCAGCAGAGACCCUGAAGGAAAGAGGCGCAUACAAGAUCUUUGUGAUGGCGACUCACGGCUUGUUAUCCUCGGAUGCUCCGCGGCUGAUCGAAGAGUCCGCCAUUGACGAGGUGGUGGUUACCAAUACGAUUCCACAUGAAAUCCAGAAGCUCCAGUGCCCCAAAAUUAAAACGGUGGAUAUCAGCAUGAUCCUUUCGGAAGCCAUCCGUCGGAUUCACAAUGGGGAGUCCAUGUCCUACCUUUUCAGAAACAUAGGUUUAGAUGACUGAACAGCUUUCCUUUCUUGAAACUCCCAAGGGCCAAACUGGAGGCGGAGCGUACUGUGAGGGCUCACACCUGGUUUGAUGCACUUCACGGGGACCGAUUAUGCUUUCUUCCUUUCUCUUUGUUAAUUCCUAUGAAGAUAGACCAACUUUUUAUGUCGGGUUAGGUGUUCGUGAGUUUUUGGGGCGAUUUUUAUAAGAGAAAAACUAUAUUCUCCUCCUAAAUAAAUUAACGAUCUGGUU